GCCUUCCCACCCGCUGCGACAACUAACCUCGCACUCGCCCACAUCGCAGCAACCAUGUCGUCCUCGCAGAGCGUCCAGUGCUUCGGCAAGAAGAAGACGGCCACGGCUGUCGCCCAGUGCAAGGCCGGUAAGGGUCUUGUCAAGGUCAACGGCAAGCCUCUGUCCCUUGUCCAGCCCGAGAUCCUGCGCUUCAAGGUCUACGAGCCCCUCCUCGUCCUCGGCCUUGACAAGUUCGCCGACGUCGACAUCCGCGUUCGCGUCUCCGGCGGUGGCCACACUUCCCAGAUCUACGCCAUCCGUCAGGCUAUCGCCAAGUCCCUCAUCGCCUGGUACCAGAAGUUCGUCGACGAGCACUCCAAGAACAUGCUCAAGCAGGCCCUCGUCGCCCACGACCGUACCCUCCUCGUCGCCGACAACCGCCGGUGUGAGCCCAAGAAGUUCGGUGGUAAGGGUGCCCGCUCUCGCUUCCAGAAGUCCUACCGUUAAACGGUCUCGCCUUCCUCCGGGUGGCGAUGGCGCGUCUUGGCGGCAAAGGACACGGAAUCCUCCGCGGCGCAUCUACUCCCACCUUCUCCGGCGCUGCUCGACCUUCUCGACACUGGUAUUGGGAGGGUUCCUGCCGCGUCUGCGCGAAAUCAUGACGGUACUUUUUUUCGUGUCU